AUGUGGUCAUCCUCACAACAAAGCUUCUUCAUCCCCACACCAACCCUUCUUAAUCCAAAGUUCAGGAACAGCAGGAAAACCGUGGUCGUCCACUGCAGUUGCUCACAGCCACAACCCGACAACCAAAAACAACAACAACAAUCUCCAACUCCAUUAAGUAAUAGGAAGAAGAAUGAGAACAAGUUAGGAAAACUAGCCUUGAUUGCAGUGGCUGCUGGUGUGUUAACGUUUGGAUCAGUUCAUGAUGCAUCAGCUGCCAAAAGUGGUGGAAGAAUUGGUGGUCAGUCCUUCAGAUCAGCCGCUCCUCGCAACUCCGGGCCAAGAAUCAACAAUAAUAAUUCCAGGACCAACAUCUAUGUGAAUCCACGGGUGGCGCCUCCACUAGUUGGUGGAUACGGGUAUGGUGGUAUGCCAUACUAUGGUGGUGGAUACGGAUGGUCUCCAUUUUCUUUCUUUGCACCAGGUCCAAGUGUAGCAGUAGGCAUUGGAGGUGGAUUCAAUUCUAUACUUCUGUUUAUGCUUCUUGGUGCCGGUGCUGCUGUUGUUAGGAGAUUCUUUGGAUCAAGAAAUGUUGACGAUGAUGACGACGAAUACUAG